AUGAGCGAUCUGAUAACCGGAAAAGAUCUUCUUGACAAGCUCCCAAUUGCGCGUGGGGCCGAGUUAGAUUCGUAUACGGAUCAACAUGAAGAUACAUGCCUUCAGGGCACAAGAAUCGAUCUUCUCCGCGAUAUUACAGACUGGGCUAUGUCACCCUACGGAAAGUGCAUCUUUUGGUUGAAUGGUAUGGCUGGGACAGGGAAGUCGACCAUUUCUAGGACAAUCGCGAAGUCUUUUAAAUCUGAGCAACUAGCAGUUGCUAGCUUCUUUUUCAAGAGAGGCGAGGGGGAUCGAGGGAAUGCAGCCAGAUUUUUCCCGACACUUUCUAAGCAACUAGCGACAAUGAUUCCGGAUCUGAUAACAAGCCUUACGAAGGCAUUGUCCAUCAAUCCUGAUAUUGAGGCGAAAUCUCUCGGGGAACAGUUCGAGACACUACUCUUCCAUCCAAUACUAGGAUUAGAGCAAGUGAGUUCGCAAAUCCCAGUGGUGGUCUUAAUAAUAGAUGCUCUGGACGAAUGCGAAAGCGACGAUGAUAUAAGGGUUAUACUCCAACUGCUGCCACGAGUGCAGGAGUUAACCUCUAUCCGAUUACGAAUAUUUUUGACAAGCCGACCUGAAUUGCCGAUUCGCCUAGAGUUUUCAAAAAUUACAAAUCAUCAACAUGCUGCCCUCCAUGAGAUCUCGGAGAGGGUGACAUUACGCGAUAUUUCCUUAUUCCUCAAGGAGCGAUUCAAAAAGAUUCGUAAUGAGAAGAAUGUCCCUGUAAGCUGGCCUGAAGAAGAUGAAAUUCGAGCGUUGGUUGAGAUGUCAGCUCCAUUAUUCAUUUCAGCAGCGACCGUUUGUCGAUUUGUGGAGGUCAACUUCGACCCUGUAGUAUGUCUCACCGAUCUUCUUAAGGAUCAAGCCAAGUAUGCGACGAAAAUGGAUAAGACAUACCUACCGGUUCUUGUGCGGCUGUUAGAAGGACAAGAAGAUGACGAAGCUCAGAUUUUACAGUAUUUCCGACAGAUUAUUGGCCUAAUCAUACUUCUUGCGGUUCCACUUUCUGUGAAUGCACUCUCAAGGUUGCUUAAGCUCCAGUCGCGACUCAUCACCAACUUUUUGGAUUCAUUCCGAUCUGUCAUCAGCCUACCAACUGAUGAAGACCUACCGGUUAGAGUUUUUCAUUUAUCUUUUCGGGAUUUUCUACUUCAAACUGAGAGCAAAUUUUUCGUCGACGAGAAACAUACACAUCAAGAGAUCGCGAUUUGUUGUCUGAAUAAUAUGCAAACUAAGCUGAAGAAAAAUAUCUGCAAUCUCCGAGGUGAAGGCAUUAUACGUGCUGAGAUCGAUCGCCAGACCAUCGAUGGCUAUUUCCCCGCCGAAUUACGAUACUCCUGUCGAUACUGGGCACAUCAUACGGCUCAGUGUAUGGAGUUUAGUGACAUCAUAGCUAGCGCACUUUCGUUCCUCCAGAAGCAUUUCCUACACUGGGUGGAAGCAAUGAGCCUGUUAGGUCUUCUAUCAGAAGUGGUAGGGAUUAUUAAUCUCCUCCAGUCGGCUAUACAGGGCAAUCAACACUCCACAAUGUCCGAAUUUCUACGUGAUGCAAAGCGCUUUGUUCUUAAAAACCAUCAGAUAGCCAAUGAGGCGCCCCUUCAGCUCUAUUGCGCGGGAUUGGUUUUUGCACCCAAAACAGCAAUAAUUCGUCGAGCGUUUGAGAAAGAGCUUCCUCCUUGGUUAUACCAGUUAGCACGGGUUAACGAGGAGUGGAGGGCAGAAAUUCAGACGCUUGAGGGCCAUUCGUCUUCGGUUCAGUCAGUGGCCUUCUCGCCCGACGGCCAGCUGUUGGCGUCCGGCUCUGAUGAUAGCACUGUACGGCUCUGGGACCCAGUGUCGGGUGAGCUGAAGCAGACGCUGCUAGCGACCGGCUCUUAUAAUAAGUUUACACUGUUCUGGGACCCGGUGUCGGAAACGCUGAAGCAGACGUUUAGGCGCCAUUCGUGGUCAUUUCAGUCUGUAGCGUUCUCGCCCGACGGCCGGCUGUUAGCGUCCGGCUCUCAUGAUAGCACUAUACGGCUCUGGGACCUGGCGUCGGGUGUACCGAAGCAUAUCCUUAAGGGCCAUUCGUCUUCGGUUCAGUCAGUGGCCUUCUCGCCCGACGGCCGGCUGUUGGCGUCCGGCUCUGAUGAUAAAACUAUACGGCUCUGGGACCUAGCGUUAGGUGCGCUGAAGCAAACGCUUAAGGGCAAUUCGUCCUCAGUUCUGUCAGUGGCCUUCUCGCCCGAUGGUCGGCUAUUAGCGUCCGGCUCUGAUGAUAAAACUAUAUGGCUCUGGGACCCGGCGUCGGGUGUACCAAAGCAUAUCCUUAAGGGCCAUUCGUCUUCGGUUCAGUUAGUGGCCUUCUCGCCCGACGGUCGGCUGUUGGCGUCUGGCUCUAGUGAUAAAACUAUACGGCUCUGGGACCCGGCGUCGGGUGCGCUAAAGCAAAGGCUUGAGGGCCAUUUAUGGUCAGUUCAGUCAGUGGCCUUCUCGCCCGACGGUCGGCUAUUAGCGUCUGGCUCUAAUGAUAAAACUAUACGGCUCUGGGACCUAGCAUCAGGUAUACUGAAGCAGACGCUUAAGGGCCAUUUAUGGUCAGUUCAGUCAGUAGCUUUCUCGCCCAACGGCCGGCUACUAGCAUCUGGCUCUGAUGAUAAAACUGUGCGGCUCUGGGAUCCGGCGGUAGAUUCGCUAAAGCAGACGCCCGAGGGCCAUUCGUCUUCGGUUCGGUCAGUGGCCUUCUCGCCUGACGGCCGGCUACUAGCAUCUGGAUCUGAUGAUAAAACUGUGCGGCUCUGGGAUCCAGCGUUAGAUUCGCUAAAGCAGACGCUCGAGGGCCAUUCGUGGUCAGUUCAGUCAGUAGCCUUCUCGCCCGACGGUCGGCUAUUGGCGUCCGGCUCUGAUGAUAGCACUAUACGGCUCUGGGACCCAGCGUUGGGUGUACCGAAGCAUAUCCUUAAGGGCCAUUCGUCUUCGGUUCAGUCAGUGGCCUUCUCGCCCGACGGUCGGCUGUUGGCGUCCGGCUCUAGUGAUAGAACUAUACGGCUCUGGGACCCGGCGUCGGGUGCGCUGAAGCAAAGGCUUGAGGGCCAUUCGUCCUCGGUUCUGUCAGUGGCCUUCUCGCCCGACUGUCGGCUGUUGGCGUCCGGCUCUGGUGAUAAUACUGUACGGCUCUGGGACCCGGCUUUGGGUGCGCUGAAGCGGAUGUUUACUCGUGAUAAACGAGUCUCUGAAAUCGAAUUUUCUCAGGACGGUUCUUAUAUAAGAACCAAUUCAGGCCGCGUUCAUUUUCAAUAUGGUUCCGACACCAUGUCUAUAGUACCUUACACGAGUCCGAAAAUCACAAUCUACGAGCAGUGGGUGGAAGUAAACGGCCAAAACAUCCUCUGGCUACCACCCGAGUCUAGGCCUAUAUGCUCAGCGGUGAACGGCAGCCUACUUGCUCUGGGACAUGCUUCAGGAAGCGUUUCCUUUUUAGGAUUUAAUGUGCAGCAGAUAUGA